AUGACCUCCCGAGCGCAGGCCCCUCAGUCACUGCUGCCGCUGCUGCUGCUGCUCUUCACCCUGCCAGCUGCAGGCUCGGACCCUGUGCUCUGCUUCACCCAGUAUGAGGAAUCCUCCAACAGGUGCAAGGGCCUCCUGGGGGGAGGUGUCAGUGUGGAAGACUGCUGUCUCAACACUGCCUAUGCCUUCCAGGAGCAUAGCAGCAGGCUUUGUCAGUCAUGCAGGUCCCCACAAUGGUCACCGUGGUCCAUGUGGGCCCCCUGCUCAGUGACAUGCUCUGAGGGCUCCCAGCUGCGGCACCGGCGCUGCGUGGGCUGGAACGGGCAGUGCUUUGAGAAUGUGGCGCCUGGGACCCUCGAGUGGCAGCUACAGGCCUGUGAGGGCCAGCCGUGCUGUCCCGAGAUGGGCGGCUGGUCUGACUGGGCGCCCUGGGGGUCUUGCUCCGUCACCUGUUCCAAAGGGACCCGGACGCGCCAGCGAACAUGUGAUCACCCUGCCCCCAAGUGCGGGGGCCACUGCCUAGGAGAGGCACGCGAGUCAGAGGCCUGUGAUACCCAGAAGGUCUGCCCCACACACGGGGUCUGGGCCACCUGGGGUCCCUGGAGCCCCUGCUCGGGCUCCUGCCACGCUGGAGACAAAGCACCUGGGGAGAAACGAAGCCGCACAUGUUCUGCACCUGAGCCCUCCAAGCAGCCUCCUGGGAAGCCCUGCCCAGGGCCAGCCUAUGAACAGCGGAGCUGCACUGGCCUGCCGCCUUGCCCAGUGGCUGGGGGCUGGGGGCCAUGGGGCCCUUUGGAGCCCUGCCCUGUGACCUGCGGCCUGAGCCAAACCCAGGAACGACGGACAUGCAAUGCCCCUUUGCCCCAGCAUGGGGGCCCUUUCUGUACCGGUGACGCCACCCGGCCCAACAUCUGCAACACGGCUGUGCCCUGCCCUGUGGACGGAGAGUGGGAUGCCUGGGGGGAGUGGAGUGCCUGCCUCCGCCGGAACAUGAAGUCCAUCAGCUGUGAGGAAAUCCCAGGUCAGCAGACUCGCUGGCGGAACUGCAGGGGCCGCAAGUUUGAAGGACAGCGAUGUGUUGGGAAACAGCAGGAUAUCCGGCACUGCUACAAUAUCCAGCAGUGCAUCUUGAAAGGCUCAUGGUCGGAGUGGAGUACCUGGGGGCUGUGCAUGCCCCCGUGUGGACCUAAACCCACCCGCACCCGCCAGCGCCUCUGCACAGCCACGCUUCCCAAGUUCGCGCCCACCAUUUCCAUGGUCGAAGGUCAGGGCGAGAAGAACGUGACCUUCUGGGGGAAACCGCGGCCACUGUGCGAGCAGCUGCAGGGGGAGAAGCUGCUAGUGGAGGAGAGACGGCCGUGUCUACACGUUCCUGCCUGCAAGGACCCUGAGGACGGGACCUCCUAA